AUGAGAGACCAUCAUCAUCAUCGUCUCUUAUUUCUCAUCGUAUCAAUUAUCUUUGUGUUCAGUUUGAUUCGGAACACUGAUGCUGAAGUUAUAACCCUAACGGCUGAUACAUUCAAUGACAAGGUGAAGGAGAAGGACACUGCGUGGUUCGUGCAAUUUUGUGUCCCUUGGUGUAAGCACUGUAAGAACUUGGGGACUUUGUGGGAGGAUUUGGGGAAGGGAAUGGAGGGAGAGGAUGAAAUUGAGAUUGGACUAGUUGACUGCGCUACAAAUAAACCAGUAUGUAGCAAAGUUGAUAUACAUUCAUAUCCUACUUUCAAGCUCUUCUAUAAUGGGGAAGAAGUUGCAAAAUACCAAGGUAAUAUUUGAGUUCCAAUUUGUUUCCAAGAUAGUUUGCCAAGCAGUUUUUCACUUAACCAAGUCCAUUUAUCUUUAAUUGUGUGAUUGUCUAGCUUCAUUAUCGAGAAGUGUUCAUUAUUGAAUAUUAUAUGAUUUCCUUACAUAACUGUUAUUGCAACUGAAUCCUUCUUAAGUUUCUCCUCAUUUUUUUUCAAAUACUUGCAAUGAGCCGCUGACUGAAGUACGAAAACCUUGAAAUGAUCAAGUAAUGGAAUCAAUCUUGUAACUUAAACUAGUAAUCUUUGAAGGUUAUAGCUAGUCUGAACUCUAAACAGAGUAAGUGUUUGAGUUUGCUGUUGGUUAAGUUAGCCUAUUUUCCUGUUUGAGCCCUGCUACUUUUGUAAUUUUUUCCUGUUUCAAUAAGUAUUCUCGUAUUUGAUUAUCUUCCGCUCUGUACACCAUAGACCUUCAUUUUGCCAAGAUAAAACUACUCUUCUCAAUUUUUUUUUUUUCAGUAAGUUUGUUAUUUACAGGGGUUUUUCAUUGUCUACUGCUUCAAUUCUCUGCAUAUUUUUCCUGUCGAUGAUCGUUUUAGCAGUACAUGCAAUCUGCAUAUUAUGUGACGAGUGACGACAGGAUUUCCAGUCUAGGACUUCAUGUUGAAUGAGACUAGGAAAAAGACUGAGGGGCUGUUUGAUUACUCCACUUAACCCUUAAGCUUGUACAAAUUUAGUAAAGAAUGAGUUAAGCUCGUUUGAUGAGGUAGCACCACAAUCAUUGAACAAAAUAAGCUAGUCUUCUCCAAAGGUAUUCCUUGCAACAUCUUUCUCUCCAUGUGGAAUUUUUAUUCUCUCGCCUUCACAGAAUCGGCUCUGAACUCCUUUUCUUCAACUGUAAGACGAUAUCUUCUUCACUGCCUUUUAUCUCUUUGAAAUUCCCAACAAAUAGGGUGUGCAAUGCCACCACAUUCAAAAAACAAAAGGGAUGUGCAAUGCACUGUGGUUGUUCAUGUAUGGAUACAUAUAUAUAAAAUGUUCUUGUAGCCUAAAAUACUAAUUUUCAAAUGCAUUAUCAAGUUUCAAUUUCAUAAUAAUAUUGAGUUGGUUCGCUUAAUUGUCAUGAAGAUGAAGGUUUCUUACCAGACCGGUGUGAUAAUUUUGUUGAGAUUAUUAGGAUAGUAACUCUUGUUAUGACAAUGGCAAUAAUUUUAGACUAUAAUGUGAUAAUAGGGAUUAUAACUUAUGUAAUGAAUUAUUUUUACUGGUGUGUCAUGGUUUUGUAUUAUAUAAAUGUAUAUUGAACACAUAAUUUCAAAGUAAAGAGUGGAAAGGACAAAUCUUUAGCGGUGAUCCAGUAAUUGAGUCUGGUCUUUGGUAACCCAGAAGUGUUACCAGUAGUUUCAAGUUCCUUUUCUUCUCACACCUUCCAGCGUUAGCCACUCUUAUCUUUUUAGGGACAUGCUCUAACCCAACUCAAGUUACAGUGGCUAGCCACUGAACUUGAGGGAGUAGUCAGUAUAAGUCUGGACACGUUGUAACCAAAAAAAAAGAGUAGAAGGAUAAAUUUGAAAAAUUAUUUAUUUUCAGACUUAAGCUCUAUUUACUUGUCAAAUAGUUUGAUUCAAUUUAGUGCUUAUUUUAGUGGAAACCAAACAGAUUACAAAUUAAGAAAUUCAACAUUCAGCACUUAAAAUUCAGCUUUCAGUUUUAUCAAAUAACACCUAAGAGUCUAAGACUAGUUCGGAAUUCCAGCUUCAGUCUCAAAUUGCUGCAAGAGAUUGGUGGAUAGAAUUUUUUUCGACGAUAGAAGCAUUCACGUCAAAUUAAUCAACAAAAGUUGAAGUUAAGACCCAAAUCUCUGUUUUCUUAAGGAUGAAUAAGGUUUUAUUAUCCACAACGGGCAUUUCAUGCAAAUAAAAGGCAAGUGUAAAAUUCCGGGGCUUUCGCACAGGAGCCUGAGGAACUACAAUCUCAAACUCUAAAGCAGAGAUAAUAAAGCAAAACUACUAGCAAUAAAUAACAAAGCUAUGCUGGUAUCAAGUCAAAUGCUUUAGUGGCACGCAAGAUACCAUACUAAUAGUUGAAGCAAAUCACACAGAUGCCACCAGCAGCUAAACACAGUCAGCAACACAGUAAGGGCCUGAAAGUGGCUGCUCCUUACUUCCAAACAUGCGUAUCACAAUAUACAAAGAGUAGAGUCAAAUGGCUAUUAAUCCAGAAGUCCAUGUUCGACAUUCUCAUACCUUGACCUAUUAACUUCUGAUGUUGUGAGCAGUAUUUAGUUCAUCAUGGGUCAUGGUCUCAUAGAUGCAUGAAAAUAUUCGGUUUUUUGGUAUGCCCCCAGCACAACUAAAACUAAUCGAAGAAUAUAGGGGAUUGCUAUGAAGAAUUCCAGACCUUUACCCAUUGUGAUUAUGGGAGAAUCCUUUGGAGAUUUUAAUGGCCAAGGAGAGAGACUUUUGCUGCAAGAAAAAGUAUGGCAUAACGACACACAAAAAAAGUAAAACAUUAUAGUCACUAGGACAGUAACCUGAUGUGCCACUUAUUAGCCAGAUUUUAAGUUAUUAUUGGAACAUAUGAAAAGAGGCGAAGUAUCACUUCUUUUCUUUUUGAAUUUGCACUAUUUAAGAUGGAAAGGAGAAAAGUGGAAUUAUUACCUGUUUGUGUAUUUCCGCAGUUCAAUAUGAGCAGGAGCAGGGUGUAGUGGUUAGUCAUGAUUUGGUGCAGCUCUGCAGUUUUGAUAAUAUACAAACAUAUACACUUAACUUGAUAUUAAAGAACAAAAACAUGCUCGAACAAGGCUCCUACCCUAUUCCUAUCUAUUAAUAAGGCCUACUAAAUCGGUAAUUUGUUCUUUAGUUUUUCCCUUGCUAGUGAGAGAGCCAAUAUCGUUGCAGUAAAUGUGAUUGGUUCUCUUAUAUUGUAGUGACGCUUGUUAGUUGAAAAUUAGUUGUAUUUUGCUUUCAUACAUAUUUACAUUCUCUUCUUUUUGUUUAACAUCACUGAAACUAGCAACUGCUUACAUAGAUAUGUAAUAUUUACUCUUCCUGCAGAUAUGUAUGCUUGUGUCCCUCACUAUGUAGGUUCCUACUAAAUCCAAUUUGAUUUUAUAACUGGCUUAUAAUCAGGGUCAAGGGAUGUGGAGUCACUUAAAACAUUUG